AUGUCUAGUCUUACUUUGCCUCAAUUGUUCGUUUAUCCUCUCACCGGUUCACAAGUUGUCCCUGUGAAAAAAAAUUCAUCAAUCCCUUAUAUUCCUCCUGAAAUUAUUCGCAUUAUUCUGGAUUUAUUGAGGGAUGAUAAAAAAACUCUCGCUGCCUGUGCUUUGGUUAAUCAUACUUUUAACCUUUAUGCUACUCCGAUAUUAUAUCAUACCGUCGCGUUUACUUUUCCUCAUACGUUUACGCUUUUCGUUAAUGCCACGAAUGACAUAAAAAAGCGUUGUUCUCAAAUGAUUCGUCACUUAGAUCUUUCUAGUUUCUCCACCUGUGGCUUGCAAAAAAGUUCUUUUGAAACUCAAAAUAUCGUCACUCCAGAACUUUUAAUUCAUAUUCUGAGAUCUUUUCCCGAAUUAAAAACUUUUUCUGUAUCAGAAUCUUUGGAAUCUGCAAUUACCUUUGAUGUUUUAAAGGUUCUGUUUUUAGAAUGUAAAAACAUAAAAACCAUUGAUUUCUGUGGAUGUGCUAGUAAAAAAUUUAGUAAUGCUUUAGAUGAAUUCUCCGGCCUAAUUGGUCAUGUUAAAAUAGAAUCACAUUGCAAUGAUAAUGAUGAGACUACAAUUUCUUUUCGCAUGUCAUCCCAACCUUUAUUAUCUCAUCUACAAAGGCUUUCAUUUCAUGAAUGUCCAGUAAUUUCCGAAUAUUCAACUAUUAUACCUAUUCUUGCUCAUGCUCCAAAUCUUACACAUCUCGAUUUGGGCAGUUGUUCUAUCAGUGAUUUAACAUUAAACUUCUUAGCUGAAACAAAUAUUCCAACAAAGUUAUCGCAUUUAUCAUUAGCUAAAUGCAAAAAUCUUUCUUCUGAAGUUAUUUCAUCUCUUGUUUCAAAAUGUUCUCAAUUAGAAACUCUUAACUUCUAUGGCGACAGAGAUAUCACUACAUCUAUUAAAGAAUAUGACUUAAUUACUUUACUUCGUUCACCAAACGCAAAGAAUUUCCGAACAUUAGAUAUUGGAUCUUCACAGAUAACUCCAUUAAUUUUAACAACCAUAAAGGACAAUUGCUCAUCUUUACAAAAUCUUGGUAUUUCAAAAGCGCAAAUUACCAACCUAGAUUUUAUUAAAGAUCUUUUAAAAGCCUUACCAAAUCUACAAUACAUUGAUCUCACCUCAAUUCCAUGUUUUAAUCUUUUGAACACAAACAAUUUGUUAGCUGAAAUUAAAAAGAGUAAUCAUUCAAUUCACACAAUCGAGAUGAGUGAGUCAUUACUUAAAAAACUUUACGCAAUCGAUGGAUGGAAUAUUGAUGUAAAUUAUGGUAGAAGAUGGUAUUACUCUCGUAAAAUUCAGAGAUGUACUAUCAGACCUGAUAGAGUACAUGGUAGAAAAUUGGAUAUAACUGAAUGUGGUUCAGAAUUCAUGAGCAAGAUUUUUCAAUAUUAUAGUUUUGAUGCGUGA